AUGGCCAGGAACGGGCAGGGGUCGGACCGGCACACAUUAACCCGCCUCACCCCUGGCUCCCCGCUCCGGCCGCGCCGCCCAGUAUCGCCCGAAACUCAGCGGCCCGGCCCCAUUGGCCGCCGCCGCCCCUCCCCUCCCGGCAGGUUUAAUAUUUUGCCGGCCGGCGGGGGAAGCAGCGGGAGCCGGAACAUCCCCGGGCAAGCGGUGAAGGGAAGCGGGGCGUGGACCGAGCCCGGUACUUGGGCAGUGCGGCCGGGGCCACUGGGCCUCGCGCUUACCUGGGCUGGGGACGGAGGCGCGGUGGCUAAGGCGGCGCGGAGAGCCGGCGACGCGAGGGUAGAGGUCCCGAGCGCGACUGAGUAGGGGGCGACUCCUCUGGAGACGCCAAGAAAUGGCGGCCUGAGGCGCGCGCCCACCCUGCGCUAAUCCUCUGAAGGACCCCAGCCGUCCGCCGGCCCGCCCCUUAAAGCCCCC